AUGGCUAUUUCUCCUCCUCCCCCUUCUUCUUCUUCUUCUUCCUCAAACAAGAGCACCAUCAGAGCCACCAUAGCCAUGGCCGACGCCGCCUCCGCCUCGUCCUUGUGCGCCAUCUUCCUCAUAGCCCUAAUCUUGGUGGCUUCCGAUAGGGAGAGCAGCGACGCCAAUGGAAUAGGGACCGGCGAUCGCAACGACCGGCCGUACAGCCUCAGGGGCAACCAGCUCUUGGUCCGGCCGUGCGACGAGAUAUACGUGGUCGGCGAGGGAGAGACCCUCCACUCCAUUAGCGACAAGUGCGGCGACCCGUUCAUCGUGGAGCGGAACCCGCAUAUCCAAGACCCGGAUGAUGUCUUCCCGGGCUUGGUCAUCAAGAUAACCCCCACCAAGAAGACGAGGAAGCUCUUGAUGAGUUGA